CGCCACACUCCACUAACCGUGGUUUAUCAAGACUUCUCAUUAUUUUGUGACACCGACUCGUCCGUCACCUGACUCAUCUGAACAAACUGUUUGGAUUCAUGACGAUCCGUUAAGUGGGAAGACGUAAACUCAUAUUGACCCCCACAAGACCAAGAUUAACAGAACCUGCAGUACUUGGUUUUCACCGGGGCAUAUAAUUGUUCCCUGGGAGGUGUUUGACUCUGACAUUUGCCUUGUGUGGCUCAGCUUUGGUCUGAUUUGUUUGUGCUUUGGCUGGGGUGAAGAACGCCGAUGGCUCUCAUGGAUAAGCAUAAAGUCAAGCGACAGAGGCUUGACCGAAUUUGUGAAGGCAUUCGCCCCCCGAUUUUGAAUGGGCCGAUGCACCCGCGCCCCCUAGUGGCACUGUUGGAUGGUCGCGACUGCACCGUGGAGAUGCCUGUCCUGAAGGACGUGGCCACGGUGGCCUUCUGUGAUGCCCAGUCCACCCAGGAGAUCCACGAGAAGGUGCUGAAUGAAGCAGUGGGCGCCCUGAUGUACCACACCAUCACUCUCUCGCGGGACGACCUCGACAAGUUCAAGGGCCUGCGGAUCAUCGUGCGAAUAGGUAGUGGCUUCGACAACGUGGACAUCAAGGCCGCGGCUGAACUAGGUAUAGCUGUGUGUAAUGUGCCUGCCACGUCAGUGGAGGAGACAGCGGACACCUCCAUGUGUCUGAUCCUGAACCUUUACCGCCGCGUCACCUGGAUGCACCAGGCUAUGAGAGAGGGCACCAGGGCUUCCAGCGUGGAGCAGAUCAGGGAGGUGGCCAGCGGAGCUGCCCGCAUCCGGGGAGAGACGCUGGGCAUCAUUGGCCUGGGGCGAGUGGGCCAGGCUGUAGCGCUGCGUGCCAAGGCCUUUGGCUUCAGUGUGAUAUUCUACGACCCCUACCUGCCAGACGGAGUGGAACGCUCUCUGGGCCUGCAGAGAAUGGCCACCCUGCAGGACCUUCUCAUCCACUCUGAUUGUGUGUCACUGCACUGCAGCCUCAAUGAGCACAACCAUCACCUCAUCAACGACUUCACCAUUAAACAGAUGCGCCAGGGGGCAUUUUUGGUGAACACGGCACGAGGGGGCCUGGUGGAUGAGAAGGCCCUGGCCCAGGCACUGAAAGAGGGAAGGAUACGGGGUGCGGCCUUGGACGUACAUGAGACAGAGCCCUUCAGCUUCUCUCAGGGCCCACUGAAGGACGCUCCCAAUCUGAUUUGCACCCCCCACACAUCCUGGUACAGUGAGCAGGCGUCCCUUGAAGCUCGGGAGGAGGCAGCUAGAGAAGUGCGCCGGGCCAUCACAGGCCGCAUCCCUGACAGUCUGAAGAACUGUGUGAACAAGGAGUAUCUGAUGGCAACACCCCAGUGGCCUGGUGUGGACCAUGGGGCCGUGCACUCAGAACAGAACGGAGCUGCAGCUUACAGGUUCCCUACUGGUCUAGUGGGAGUGACAGCAGGAGGCCUGACAGGGGCAGGUGCUGCAGUGGAGGGAAUUGUUGCAGGAAACCUGGCUAUGGCACAUGGGAUUGCCCCCAUGUCCCGACCCCCCCACACCCCAUCGCCGGGGCAACCCUCUAAAGCAGAAACAGACAGAGACAUGCCAACGGACCAGUAGCCCUCCACCCCACCCCCCCCAACUGUCCCCAAUCCCCCUCUUGUCCACAACAUUCCGUCGUCACCCUUCAUGUUCAUUCAAGCUUAUAGAUACUGGUAUUGAGGUCCAUUCUGACCUGGCUUUGGUCCCGUCCUACAGAACAGAAUCCUUCAGGAGGGACAGAAUCCUCGACUCCCUCCACACAUCCUGUUUUCUCUCAUCCAGAAUGCAAUAAGUGGAUUACUCAAGGAAUUUUUUUUCUCCCAGUUUGCUUUUAAACCCCUCUGUGUCUGACGUUCAUGUGGCUCAGUGGUUUUGUAAAUUAGUCCUUUGUGGAGACCUUUUCCAAUAUUUUUCCUGUGUUUUUGGCUUUUGUUAUCUCUUUUGCUGUUUGACAUGCUAUAAAGUGAGGCAUAAGUCUGGAACGGUAUUGAAGAUUUUCCCCCCCCCACUACUAUUUGUUCACAAACCUUACAAAGGAUUUUCUAAUGUCGGACUCUACAUUUAGUCAUCACAAUAAAAGUGUGGCUGUGGUUUUUUUAAAACAUUUUUAUUUUAUUUUUUAGCUUUUUGACAUAAAUUGAAUAAUAUCACAUUAUAUGUCUCUGCUGAUAAAACACAGAAAUAUGUACAGUAUAUUUCUGUGUCAAGAUCACCACAUAUGGCCAAAAGUUGAGAAUGAUACAAAUAUUAAUUUUCACAAAGUUUGCCGCUUCAGUGUCUUUAGAUAUUUUUGUCAAAUGUUACUAUGGAAUACUGAAGUAUAAUUACAAGCAUUUCAAAAGUGUCAAAUGCUUUUAUUGACAAUUACAUGAAGUUGAUGCAAAGAGUCAAUAUUUUUAGUGUUGACACAUUUUUUUCAAGACCUCUGCAAUCCGCCCUGGCAUGCUGUCAAUUAACUUCUGGGCCACAUCCUGGCUGAUGGCAGCCCAUUCUUGCAUAAUCAAUGCUUGGAGUUUGUCAGAAUUUGUGGGUUUUUGUUUGUCCAGCCGCAUCUUGAGGAUUGACCACAAGUUUUCAAUGAGAUUAUGGUCUGGGGAGUUUCCUGGCCACGAACCCAAAAUAUCGAUAUUUUGUUCCCCGAGCAACUUAGUUAUCACUUUUGCCUUAUGGCAAGGUGCUCCAUCAUGCUGGAAAAGGCAUUGUUCGUCACCAAACUGUUCCUGGAUGGUUGGGAGAAGUUGCUCUCGGAGGAUGUGUUGGUCCCAUUCUUUAUUCAUGGCUGUGUUCUUAGCCAAAAUUGUGAGUGAACACACUCCCUUGGCUGAGAAGCAACCCCACACAUGAAUGGUCUCAGGAUGCUUUACUGUUGGCAUUACACAGGACUGAUGGUAGCGCUCACCUUGUCUUCUCCGGACAAGCUUUUUUCCUGAUGCCCCAAACAAUCGGAAAGGGGAUUCAUCAGAGAAAAUGACUUUACCCCAGUCCUCAGCAGUCCAAUCCCUGUACAUUUUGCAGAAUAUCAGUCUGUCCCUGAUGUUUUUCCUGGAGAGAAGUGGCUUUGCUGCCCUUCUUGAGACCAGGCAAUCCUCAAAGUCUUCGCCUCACUGUGCAUGCAGAUGCACUCACACCUGCCUGUUGCAAUUCCUGAGCAAGCUCUGUACUGGUGGUGCCCCGAUCCCGCAGCUGAAGAAACUUUAGGAGACGGUCCUGGCGCUUGUUGGACUUUCUUGGGCGCCCUGAAGUUUUCUUCACAACACUUGAACCGCUCUCCUUGAAGUUCUUGAUGAUCUGAUAAACGGUUGAUUUAGGUGCAAUCUUACUGGCAGCAAUAUCCUUGCCUGUGAAGCCCUUAUGUGCAAAGCAAUGAUGCGGCACCUGUUUCCUUGCAGGUAACCAUGAUUGACAGAGGAAGGACAAUGAUUCCAAGCACCACCCUCCUUUUGAAGCUUCCAGUCUAUUAUUCGAACUCAAUCAGCAUGACCGAGUGAUCUCCAGCCUUAUCCUUGUCAACACUCACACCUAUGUUAACGAGAGAAUCACUGACAUGAUGUCAGCUGGUGGCAGGGCUGAAAUGCAGUGGAAAUGUUUUUGGGGAGGAUUCAGUUCAUUUGCAUGGCAAAGCGGGACUUUGCAAUUGAUUGCAAUUCAUCUGAUCACUCUUCAUAACAUUCUGGAGUAUAUGCAAAUUGCCAUCAUACAAACUGAGGCAGCAGACUUUGUGAAAAUUUAUAUUUGUGUCAUUCUCAACUUUUGGCCACAACUGUACACUAGUUGUUUGCUCUUAUAACCUUUUUUUUUUUUUUUUUUAAUUCUUUUGAUUAAAUGUGUAGAUGUUCUGCACAUUGUGGUUGCUAAGAUUUGCUUGACGACGGUCUUCAUACCUUCCUACUUCUUUUUUUAUGUUACCUUUUGGAUAUGAAUAGAACAUGAAAACAAUAUUAUCUUUGUCAAGUCCUCAAAUUAUCUAUCCUCUUUAGAUACUCCGGUAUCACCAUUGUCCCCCCCAACAGUGUUUGCUGCCAUUGACACUCAUUUUAGGGUUUCAUCUUGUGUUAUUACUGCAGGCGUUGAAACUUAUUUUACCCAUAUGGAUUCCACAGUUGCUGUCAAUCUCAAAUAGACUACAAUAAUCAGUCUUCAAGGAAUUUUUGUAUGUCAUUCUUAAAGGGAAAUUUCAAAAUGUUCAACUUCAUAUUCAUCUCCAGGGUUGGGGAGUAAUAGAAUACAUGUAAGGGAUUACAAAAAAAGAACAUGUCAACUGUAAUCCAUUACCAGGAAAAAUAUUCUAAUCAGAUUAGAUACUUUUUGAAGAACUAGAUUACCUCGAGGAUUACUUUUUAUAUUCAGAAAGUAUGUUUGUAAAAAAUUUUUGGGGGGGACACUUCUGUUGUCUCAAUGACAACAUUGUCAAUGACAACAUUGUUCCACCUGAGCGAGUCUGACCACAAGUCAGAGACCACUAUGAUGACACCAAAUGUGUUUGAUGGAUCACGGGAAAAGAGCAGGAAUAUACUUUUUUUUUUAGGCUACAGUUCAAGCUAUGUCUUCCAAUGGUGCGACUGCUGUCGGCAUCCAAAGAUUAUCCAAUUUGAGUAAACGAUGAAAAAUGCUCACAUGCGUAGUGCGGAUUACAGCCUAUGGAAUAAAAGUGCGUAUUUUAUUGCGCCAUCUAAUUCAUGCUGAUAAAAGAUCCAUAGGCCUAAUGGACACAUGCUCAAACUCGCACACUUUUGAUAGACUUAAAGGGCCAAUCUGUAGUUGCUACAUCAGUUAUUUUACUUAUACAUUUUAUAUAUAUAUAUCCAUUGAUUCUUGAAGAACAUAACUUAUAAAUGCCUCGUGAGCUUAGUUCAACUGUCACACUCCAUGAGAACCCAAAAUAUAAGCUUGUCUUGAAUGUUUGUAAACAUUCUAAAUGUAAACAUACUGUGUAUCCUCAUAACAUGGUUAAAACAAGUUUGAUAUCAUGGAUGGUCAGUCCUUGCAUCCAUAGCUUUGUCUAUUAAUCUGAGACUGGUUACAUUUCUCAAGGCCCAUCCCUCAGCUUUUUACCAAAACAGAGACAGGGUGACCAUUUUGUUAUUGUUUCAUAUGGAUUUGCCCUUUAAACAGCUGCAUAUUGUCAAGAUAUCAUAAUGUCACCAACUAAAAGGUAAACAAUAGGCCUAUAGCAAAUGCAGCAUAUGGCAUUCAUUUUUCACAUGUAAAUAGCACUUUUCAGUAGUGCUCAAAACAUGCCAUUCCAUGAGCGCAGCAUUUAUUUUUCAACUCGAAUCAAUGAGUCCAAUCAGUCCUCCAUGACAACAAAAUCAUAAACAAGAGAGUAGGGCUGGCUAAUAAGUCCUAUUCUUGAAGCUCAAGGGGUGUAACAUUUAUUGGAAUGACUGGAAUUCUGAUAGACUUUGUUUUUUAAUGUAAUGAUAUAAUUUAAUCGUAUUAUUAUAUGUAGUAGAAAGCAAUGGGUUAGAAGAAGCCUACAUAACCAACCCAUAAAGUAAAAUGUAACAUCCAUAUAUGGCCAGCUAUGUAAACUUUAACAAUGAUUUAUCCUGCAAUAGAUCUCAUCUUCUAAUGACUCUUAAGGGGAAAGUAAUCUAAAAGUAACUGAAUGUAAUCAGAUUAGGUAAUCCAAAGUUACGUUACUGACGAUUUGGACAGGUAACUGUAACGGAUUACAUUUAGAAAGUAACAUAAUCAUCUCCAGACCCACCACAACAUCAACAUAAGUGAAAAUUAUGUUUUUCUAUGAUCUGUAGUAACAAAGACUAGAUGUGAUUCCAAUGACAGCAUCGGUGUCCAUUGUGUGAUUUUUAAAUAAUUUUGAUUAUCUACUAAUUUCUUUAACCAGGCAAGUCAGUUAAGAACAAAUUCUUAUUUACAAAGACAGCCUAGGAACAGCAGGUUAACUGCCUUGUUCAGGAGCAGAACGACAGAUUUUUACCUUGUCAGCUCGGGGAUUUGAUCCAACAACCUUUCGGGUACUGGCCCAACACUCCAACCACUAGGCUACCUGCCACCGCUAAUUGGUUUAUUAUGUUAUUGGAAACACUUAUUUUCCUUUUCUUUUUUUUUUACUACAAACAUAGACAAGUGCCAUUUUCACAUAUGUUGGGGUGGUGCUGAAGAUGAUGAAUAUGAAGUUGAACAUUUUAAAUUUAACUUUAAAACACAUUUCAUCCUAGCAAAACGAGGUCACAACCAUAGAAAUAUUACUAAGGUGGUCGGAGCCCAGUUGAUGUUGGUUCAGUGCAAGGCCCUGACCACAUGUGGAACACGCUAUUCUGGUCGUUUUCAGCUUUUGAGUGUGAACCUGGGGCUUUCUGCUGUGUGGUGAUGUGUGUUUGCAUCUGUGGCUUGGUCACAUGGGUGUUCACAACCCACAUUCAGAACAUUUGAAGACCGGAAGACAGUGGUUCAUUACUAGUAUAUUAAUUAGAAAACUGAUUGAUUAGAUGUGGCUUAAUUUCUUAAUCUGACAGAAUUGAUGCUUGGCAGUGAAUCCUUGGCAGGGAUGUCCAAUCUGUUUCCUGACUGUCAAGGUAAGUAUAAGAACAGAGGAAGUGGAAAAUCGAGUACACUUUUGGUUGUGUAUUUAGCAUAGCAGUGUGAUGUGGAUAAGGAAGUCCCUAUGUUGUAUAAAGUCAGAUUAAAAUAUGCUAGUGGCAAGGCCUUAACACCCCCAACAGUCAUUGAAAAUCAAGGGAGUUUAUAGAUAUAACACUGAGCCAGGCACAGCUUUAGAGUUGUGCGUGUCACUGGAGAGGGAAAGUGUGUGAGGAGAGUAGGCUAUUCAAACAGGCAAUUCUGCCUAAGGUGGGCAGCCUCCUAUAAUUCCUACUUGUAAUCGGGUCAUUUACAACCGGAAAAGCAUUGGAACGAGUUCUGCCAUCUUUGGGCACAAUGAGCUACAGAAUUUCAAAUCAACCCCUGCUCAUUAUGGUACACUCUGGCCAAGUAUAGGGAAAUACCUUAGUUGAUCUCAAUGCUUUGUGGUGUUUAAGUUGUCUGGUGGUAUGUCUUGCUCCUUGUGGGAAUUAAUUAGUAAUUAGAAUCCAAAACAUUUUAUAGAGAUGAGAAUGUUACUUGCUUUGAUGGAACAAUAACAAAAUAAAUAGUUGUCCUUGCCUGUUUCAUCAAUCAAGUUUUAUCAUUGAUUUGCUUGUCUUAUUGAGAGAGAUAUCAAAUCUUUAGAAAUGGAAUCAAUGUGGUUCAAAUGUGAUGUGCUCUAUGCCUGGAUAAUUUACAUUACAACGUACACAAAUGUCAUUGUGUGCAUUAGGUUAUUUUAUUUCAUGUUUAGAUGUCAUCUCCAUCAGACUGCAAAAUGAGGAAAAACCCAAUACAUUUGUAACUAGGAUUUAUUCUGAACUUUUUAAAUAGAAACACGUAUUUGUGAUGUUAGCUUCUACAAUAAAGUAUUUUAAUAAAAAAUUCCUGUUCCUCCGAAA